AACGACGUACAGCUGUUGGCAAUGUUGCCUACAGCGAGUUGAUAGGGGUCCGCGUAAAUUAUUAACAAGUCUGCAUGAAGGUGACGGUUAAUGAUAACGUUAACUAGAUUUUGUAAUAGAGGCAGCUGUGAGCCGGAGUUAUGUCCCGCGCGAGACGGGCAGUGGAUUAAAAAUGCAACACUUCAAAACGAGUUGAAUUCGGCAUGGGCUUGGCCGACGCUGGCGCAACCGGCGAGCCCGCCAGUGUUGUUAUGACGCCGGGACCGCGUGGUUGACUCCGUCACUCGGACAACUCACCUACUGUUACUAUAAACUAGGCUAUCUGUAAUCCACAACAUGUUUUGAUCUGAGUGCUCGUGAUCUAAGUGAUUGAAGGAUAUUGGCAAUUUUGAUGGAUAAUAGCAGAUUGUUAGCAAGGGUGUAAAGUGUAAAGGAUGGCGGGGGAAGCCCCGGGCUCGCUGCACGGGUGGGGAUGCACGCCAACCGGGGACACGCCGCCAACCGUGGCGGGUGAGAACGCCAGCAAACCGGCGUGCCUGCCAGCUCUGCUCAGGGGCUGGCGGAAGACUGCCCUCUACUGCAUCCUAGUGUUCCUCAUGGUGCUAAUUUUCCUAAAUAUCGGACUGACCCUAUGGAUUAUUAGUAGUUUGAAAUUGAGAAUGGGUGGGUUUGGUCCAGUGAACAUCGUGAAUGGUGGCAUAGAGCUGCAAGGACAGGCGUUCGUGAUGGACAACUUGAUCGCCUCGACAAUAAGCUCACGCGCCGGCCAGUCCAUAACGCUGCACUCGCACCGGAACUUCAGCGUACUGGUCACCGAGCCCGAGAGGAAGGAAACCGCCAAAUUGGUGCUCAAAAGAGAUAGUGUGGAAUGCAGCGGACGCAUGUUCGAGGUGCGUGACGCGCACGGCGGCGAGGUGUUCCGCGCGUCGCGCGACGAGGUGCGCGUGUUCAGCGACACGCUGGCAGUGGACGGGCCCGGCGGGCUGGCGGUCAGAACGGCCGUGCAGGCGCCCAGCGUCAGGGCGCCGCCUGGAUCUGACCUGCAGUUGGAAUCUCUAACGAGACACCUGGAGCUGAUAGCCCCGCAAUCCAUACACCUGGAGAGUCGAGCGGGUGGCAUUGAUGUCACGGCUCACAGCAACAUCAAACUGGAUUCUGUUGUCGGCGCCCUAAAAAUCGACACUCCGAGCAUUUUUAUCUCAAACCUAAAAGAAGCUCUGAAAACAGAGUCCAAGCCCGCGACCAAACACUUGAGGCCGCAGAAAGUGUACCAGCUGUGCGCCUGCGCGUCGGGCAAGCUGUUCCUCGCCGCCGCCGACGCCGCCUGCGCCGCCAACAACGCCGACACCGACUUUUGUAGAUGAUAAGCUUAACUAUUAAUUUAAACCAAUAAAUACUCAAUAAUAAUCCAAUCCAGACAUAUCACUACCCGAGAGAAUUUUCGUGUGUCAGCUCAAAUAUCACAAGUCAGGAUUAUGCCCUUAGUAUGUGAUUUAAUUAGGGAUGUGCGAUAAGGACAAAUGCUUUAGUUAGGCAGUCAUAAAAGAGAUAAUGCUAUUUGGUCCAUUCCGGAUUCUAUUCCAUUUUGAAUACCUGUUUGAAAAUUUGAUACUAUAGAAAAAAUAUGUAGUCGAAAUUAAACACCUAUAUGUAGGCAUUUAAGAAGACGGUGAAAAUAAAACUUAGUGCAGGAAUAGUAUUUAUGUCAUGUACUUUGCACAAUGCACAAUAAUUACAUUUUAGUACAAAAGUGUGAUCAUAGAAUACUGAAAAAUAGGAAUUUAAUUAUAUCAUUAUGAAUAUAAUAACUUGUA